CAAGGCCUCUCUUCUGCAGCUCGAUCAAUAAUUUUCCUCCAUACGAGCCAGUCUACGACUCGAUUCUUCGUUUCUAAACACCAACCACACGCCGCAAUUAGCAUCACAAUGUGUCCCUCUGGCCGCACCCUCUGCGCAGAGACCGCCACGACGACGACCAUGACCUCAGAUUUCAAGCCAGCCUUCGACGUCCUCGACUCCGACCGCGACGGCAAGAUCAGCAAAGACGAUCUCCGAGCCUUCUACGCCGGAUUUUCCAGCUCAGGCCCCGACGAAAAUCUCAUCGGAUCGAUGAUGUCGGCCGCCGAUUCCAACAAGGACGGCUUCGUCCAAUACGACGAGUUUGAGCGCGUUUUGGGAGGCGGCGGGGGUGCAAGAAGCUCGGGGGGAGUGAUGGAGGAAGCGUUUAAGAUUAUGGACAAGGACGGGGAUGGGAAGCUUGGCCAUGAGGAUUUGAAGAGCUACAUGAGCGCUGCAGGCUUCGCCGCCACUGAUGAAGACAUCAAGGCCAUGAUUAUAUUGGGCGGCGGCGAUGACAACCAAGGCGUGUCUUAUGCUGGCUUGCUCAAGAUCUUGGCCGUUGAUCAUGUCGGCUAGCUAGAGACUUUGUCCUCUCAUUGAGUCGUAGGCCAGUUGCCAAGUCUUAAUUAUUGUUUUAUUAAUUAUUUACAAGGAGGAUUUUAUUUGAUAUUUCCCAGGCAAUCCGAGGUGGUGGGAAACAAAAUUAUGGUUUUGUUUGAAUUCGAAUAAAGUGAGUGAUGCCAGAGCAAAAAUUUGUAUGGGAUUGGGUCCUGUUUCGUUUCCGUCGGGUUUGUUUGAAUGCGUGUUUGUUUUGUUUGUUAGCACUUGGCUCCAUAGACGCAUAUCACAUGCAGGGAAUCUUUUGGAUUUCCUUUUAUCACAUUGUGCGAUAUUUUCUUCUAAAGACAUCGUGGCAUAUUAAGCACA